GAAGUCUGCAGUAACAGACAGCAGAGAGAACUGGAAUAAUGGCGGCAGGUUCUGGAGCUGCUAGCGGCCACGGUGGCCGCGGCGCUUUGGAGGCUACUCUGGACCGCCGAUUUCAAGGAGUAUCCAACACUAUGGAGUCUAUACAAGGACUGUCGACAUGGUGCAUUGAAAAUAAAAAGUACCACAGCCUUAUCGUUCGUUACUGGAUGAAGUGGCUCAAGAAAUCGGACACCAACCACCGUCUGAAUCUAUUCUACCUGGCUAAUGAUGUCAUCCAAAACUGCAAGAGGAAGAACGCCAUUGUCUUCCGCUCAGCCUUUGCUGAGGUUCUCCCCAAUGCUGCCCUAAUGGUCAAAGACCCGAAGGUGCGCAAGUCAGUGGAGCGUAUCUUUACAAUCUGGGAAGAGAGGAAUGUCUACCCUGAGGAAGUCAUCACUCAGCUCAAAGCCAACCUGACCAGGAAGGAGCGAGAGAGGGAGAAAGAAAAGGAGAAGGAGAAAGCAAAAGAAACACCUCCUCCGCCAGCCCCAGUCAACCCUAAAGCUGCCCUCAAGUCUAAGAUUGUGGCUGAUUUCAUACCGCAGUCAUUCAUCGAGCAGCUCGCUGGUUACAAGCGCUCAGGGGAGGAAGAGGAGCUGAGGGAGACCCAACUUACAGCCCUCAGAGUGGAUGUCUGUAGCACCGAGGCCCUGAAGAGGCUCAAAGACAAGGCUGGAGGUAACAAAUUUGCUAAGGACUUUGAAGAGGGAAGUCUGAAGCUACAGGAGUUUGUAACUUUCCUAGAGAACCAGAUGACUGUUGGACCCCCUCUGCUGGAGGCUCUGGGAAAUGCAGACGUCUUCUAUGAGAUGCAGUACAAGGAGGUCAAGAUUGUUGCCAACGCAUACAAAACCUUUGCCAACCGUGUAAUCAACCUCAAGCGUAAGCUGGACACCCUCAAAUCCUCACUCCCCGGUCCUGAGGACUCUCCCAUUCCCUCCCCAUCUGAAGACGCUCCCUCCCCCACCGGCUCUGACUCCCCCUUUCUGGGGACAGGGGGAGGCCGAGGCGAGAGGCUGGGAUUUGACCCGGACCUGGAUGGAAGCGCCAUGGAGGAGGGGGAUGUGGGGGUGGUCAGAGCAGGAGACAACAGAGAUGUGGAGGACAUGGAGCUGUCUGAGGAGGACACUGACAAAACUGAUGAGAAACCGUUCUCAGAAUCCACUGUUUUGAAGGCCACCACCUCCAAGCCCCCAGCGAAACCUGCCCCCGUCACACCCAUUCCAACCUCCAACGACUCCCCUCUGAAAAAGACGACCCCUUCCACCCCCAGCAUGGUGACCCCCAGCACCCCUACGAGCACGGGUGUGACUGCUCCCAGUGGCCCCAGCGCUCCUCUGGGGGUCAACCUGGCCAAUGUGGACCUGGGCAAAAUCAGCUCCAUCCUGAGCAGCAUCACGUCGGCCAUGAAGAACACAGCCAGUCCAGUGUCCCGGCCGUCUCCUGGAACUCCCACCACCCCCUCUGGCCAAUCAUCUUCCUCCAAAAACCCAGUUGGCCCCACCCCUCCCAGCCCAGCCCUUGCUAGCAUCCUGUCCAGAGUGAACGUCACCCCAGAAGGGAUAUUUAACGUCCUGUCUAAGACUCACACACAGGGUUUGUCCUCUCUGCUGCGAUCUGGGAGCUCCUCUUCCGCCUCUACCAGCCACUCCCCCCCAGACUCUUCUGCAGCCAAGGGCCCCCCCACACCCACCACCCCCAGCCAGACCAAACCUGCCCAGAGCGUCAGCCUCAAACGAGAGACACCCGAGAGGAGCAGAGGAGCAAGGGACUGGGAGAAAAACCGAGAGACCUCCCCUCCCCCCCCUCCUCCUCCCCAGCCGCUCGGUCUCUCCUCCCAGUCUUGAGUCUAAGAUCAACAGGUUCCUCCAGGGGAACCCAGGGUUCAGCCUCAGCCUGGGGGACGGGAGCCCCUUGUUGGGGGGAGACGGGGUGGAUGGGACUCCCGUCAGGGAUGAGAGCGGCGGCACCCCCACCCAGGACGAAAUC